AUGAAGAUCGUCAGAAGCCAACAAGUGUCAGGAACGCUUCCCAAACGGCGCCAUGAAGUGAUCCGAUGGGAUGGUUGGGGUUAUAAGGAUUGUAAAUUCGAAUUUCGGGACGGGGUGAUCUCUUUUCGUGGAGAUCGUUAUCCCAUUGCCGGAAAAAGGUUGAAUAAUUUUCGGCACUGGAUCGAGGAAUUGUUUGAUCUGAAUUUGGAGAAGGAUAUUAGACCACGAGUUGCUGAACCUAGCACAUUCCCGGAGCCGAUUAGAAAUCACUUAUUUUUGGAAGAUCUUAGGAAAGCUGGGGUGAAUUUUUCAGAGGACGGAAUGGAUCGGGUGAUACGGGGUCACUGUCAAACGUUGGUUGACUUGCAAGUUUUACGAGAGCACCGUUACGAAAGGAUUCCGGAUGUAGUUGUGUGGCCAAGUUGUCACCAACAGGUUGUCGAGAUUGUGGAUGUAGCUGUAAAGAGUGGGGUGGUGCUGAUUCCGGUAGGUGGAAACACAUCGGUUUCGCUGGCAGUGUCAACACCAGCAAUUUAUGACCGUACCAUCGCUGUGAUCGAUAUGACCCAGAUGAACCGGAUGCUGUGGGUUUCGGAGGAGAAUUUGACCGCUUGUUUCGAGGUAGGAAUCGUUGGACAGGACAUUGAGAGGGAGCUGCACAAACAUGGCUACGUGUUAGGUCAUGAACCGGAUUCUCAUGAGUUCUCUACUCUGGGCGGAUGGAUUGCUACCCGUGCUUCCGGGAUGAAGAAGAAUCGAUACGGAAACAUUGAGGAUAUUGUCGAACGAGUUAAGCUGGUGACGUCCAAAGGAGUUUUGGAGAAGAAAUUCACCGCUCCAAGGGUUUCUAUUGGUCCCGAUUUUGAUCAUGUUAUUCUGGGCUCCGAAGGUACCCUGGGAAUUAUAACGGAAGCUGUGGUGAAAAUCCGACGAAUCCCUGAAGUCAGACAUUACGAAUCGUUGGUUUUUGCAGAUUUGGAAACUGGUAUCAGAUUUUUGAGGGAAGUCGCAGAGAGACGCUUACAACCGGCUAGUAUUCGAUUGCUUGAUAAUGAACAGUUUAAGUGUGGCAUACUUCUCGAUCCACCUGCAAUGUUUGGAAAUUUAUAUGAGGUUUUCAAACGGUUCUAUCUCUCAAAGAUCUGCAGGUUCCAUCUGGAUAAAAUUGUAGCAGUCACAUUACUGUUUGAAGGUGUGAAGUCCGAAGUUGUUCAUCACGAGAAGCAGGUUUACACGAUCGCAAAGAAAUAUGGUGCAGUCAAAGGAGGAGAAAAGAAUGGCAGAAAAGGAUACAUGCUAACUUUUGUCGUAGCCUACAUUCGAGACUUCGCCUGGGAUCUAAGUAUCUACGGAGAAUCAUUCGAAACGUCCGUUUCCUGGGACAAAUGCCUAGCCCUCUGUACCAACGUGAAAGCCUGUAUCGUGCGGUCAUGUCAGGCACGCGGCAUCAAACAUUUCGUCGUAUCCUGUCGGGUGACGCAAAGCUACGAUUCGGGAGCGUGCGUAUAUGUCUACUUCCUGUUCAAACAUCUCGGUGCCCCCGAGCAAGCGGUUCAACUGUACGAGGAAAUCGAAGACGAAGCCCGCGACGAAGUGCUGGCCUGUGGGGGGACGCUCUCGCACCAUCACGGAAUCGGGAAGACCCGAAGCAAAUGGUAUCCGGCCAGUGUUUCCCAAGUCGGGGUGCAGUUGUUCCGGGCCAUUAAAAAGGAACUUGAUCCCGGGAAUACCUUUGCCGUUGGAAACCUGAUUCCUGAUGAGAUGAUGAAGGCGAAACUAUGA